AUGUCAUCUCAGAAACUACCCAUUCACCGAUUACCUCUCCCCUCCUCCACACUCCAGCACACUUUACCCCAGCUCACUCUAGAGCCCAAGCCUUCGUCGCAGAGACGAGCCACGACGUUCGAUACGACUGGAGAAGGCGUAUGGGCGAGGGUUAACCCUCUAUGGGCAGCAUGGCCCUUGCGAAUAACCAAAGAAGAGGCUUUUGGCAUGGGGGUGGAUGUGGAGAAAGGAGAACAAAUUGAUGUUGAAGAUGUUCUUAGACGAUGGGAUCCUAUCAAGUUGGAACAUACCGGUAUACCUCAUGAUCCAGAGGACGAGACCAAUGGUCUGAACACUUUCAGCUCAGAUCAUCGGUUAAAGCUUCAACCUAUCUUAUUGGGAAUAUCCACCUCAACGUUGAAAGAUACCCUACCGCACUUGACGGUCGGCGACGCUCCUACUAUAUGCAAUAGGGGUGCAUCACCUUCGCCCGACGCUACGCCCGCUGCGUUGGUCAGAAAUGCUUUUAUAGAUGUACUCUCCGGCAGGAAGGUACUGAGAUCGGAAGGCGAAGGAGAAGGAGAAGGGAAAGGGUACGGACCAUGGUCGACUAGGUAUUGUGGACAUCAGUUUGGUUCUUGGGCAGGUCAACUAGGAGAUGGUAGAGCUAUAUCUAUACUGGAGACAGAAAGUGAGGGAGGUGGAAGACAGGAAUUGCAGCUGAAAGGUGCAGGAAGAACUCCAUUUUCAAGAUCGGCGGAUGGACUGGCUGUGCUGAGAAGUGGAGUGAGGGAGUUUCUAGGAUGUGAGGCCAUAGCAGCCCUUCAAAUCCCUACCACCCGUUCACUAGCCCUCCUUACAACUCCAUUCCCAGACGUACCAGUAGUUCGAGAACAUGGACCUGAACCGACCUCGUUACUAUGCAGAGUCAGUCCAUCGUUCAUCCGUAUAGGCCAUUUCCAAGCCUUGAACCCCUCGAAAGCGGAUCAGGGCAUGAGGCAGUUUUUCCUGGGCGGUAGAGGAUGGUUGGAUGAUCAGAAUGACUUGAACCCUGAUAAAGAGGAAGGUAACUUGGAAGGAUUGAGGAAAUUGACUGAAUGGGUUAAGAAUGAAAUCAUGCAGAUGCAGGGAAGUAGUACGAAGGAAUGGUUAGAGGAGGUGGUCAAGCGGAAUGCUGAGACAGUGGCCAAAUGGCAGGUCUACGGCUGGAUGCAUGGUGUACUCAAUACCGACAAUAUCUCUUUGACCGGUGCGACCAUUGAUUACGGACCUUAUGCAUUCAUGGAUGUAUACGAUGAAAGACAUAUAUGCAACCAUUCGGAUCCAUCAGGUCUUUACAAUUACCGAAAUCAACCUUCGCGAGUCCUAUUCGCAUUGGACAAGCUGGUCUCUACCCUAGCACCUAUCAUAGGAUAUGAGGCUAUUCACUCGAGUCCACCUAUUCAAGGAUAUUCCGAGGAAUUAAGCAAAGAGACUAGGAAAGAGUGGGAAGAGAAAGGUCUGGAAGUUAUGAAAGGCUUCGAAGAGAGAUUCUGGGAGAUAGAGCGGGAAGAGGAAAAGAGAGGGUGGGCGAGGCGAUUUGGUCUGAGAACAUUUCAACAAUCUGAUUCUCGCGAUAUCUUCUUAGAUUACCUAUCGUUAUUAUCCACACACAAGAUUGAUUUCCAUACAUCUUUCAGGAAAUUAUCCUUUUUCAGACCUACUCAAACGAAUGACGCAGGAUACCUAUCAAAGUUCGUCACAGAGUUGUUAGAGGAAAGUACAACCAACGUUUCUGAUGAUAAGCUCAACUUAGCUGAGAAAGAUUUCGAGGGAUGGCUCAAAUUUUAUGCUGAAAGAGCAUCUACCCAAAAUGAAAAGGAAGCCUAUGGCAAUACAGAAGGAGAAGGAUGGGAAGAAAUAAGAUCGAAAGAGAUGAAAGCUUCUAACCCUAGAUUCGUAUUGAGACAAUGGGUAUUGGAAGAGACGAUUGAAAAGAUGGAAAAAGCUUUGACUAAGCCUUACGUUGAAGCUAAAGAGGGACAAGCACCUGAGGAAUGGGAGAUUGACUUGGGAGUAAGGGAAGCUAGGAAAGUCUUAGCUAAGAUUCUAGAUAUGUCAACGAGACCUUUCGAACCGUAUGGAGAAGGAGAAGGAAAAGGAUCAGAUUUCGAGGAGGAUAAGAGAUUGUGUGGAUUAGGCAAGAAGGAAAUGUUGGGUUUCCAGUGUAGUUGUUCUAGUUAG